AUGGCAAUGAAAUACGUCGCCGCUUACCUGAUGGUGGUGCUGUCCGGAAACGACGCACCGACCAAGCAGCAGGUUGAGAAAACCCUUUCCUCUGUGGGUAUCGAUGUGGAAGAGGACAUUAUGGAUGCGUUCUUCAAUGCCGUCGAAGGAAAGACCCCGCACGAGCUGAUUGCUGCGGGUAUGGAGAAGCUCCAGAAGGUCCCCUCUGGCGGUGUCGCGGCUGCUGCGCCUGCGGCUGGAGCGGCGGAUGCUGGCGCCGGCGCUGCUGCGAAGGAGGAGGAGAAGAAGGAGGAAGAGGAGGAGGAAGACGACAUGGGCUUCUCUCUGUUCGACUAA